UGCUCUCCCCCUCUAUCGUUCCUCCCAGGAGGACCCCAGCCCUCCACUGCUCCACUGUCUCCUCCUGAACAUCCUGGGCCUGGAUUCCAGUUUUACAAGGCUUCUGAGCAGUUCCGGACCCCAAUCCGUGAUGGCAAUGUCUACAUCCAAGGUUGCUCCAUUGCUCACCAACAUGGAAGAGAUAGUUGGGUCUGUCGAGGAUAAAGAAUUUACAUGCUUCUCCGAUGCUAUACCCAUUCACAAACACAGCAGUAUUUUAUCUGUGGAAGUUGUCAAGAAUAUUGAAACUGCUGUGAAAGAUGGAAAGUUGGGAGAAGUGGUCUCCAUAGUCAAAGAUAUCAUUCAGGAAGUAUCAAGGAGCACAGUGAAAAUUGCCGUGACUGGGGACUCUGGCAAUGGCAUGUCAUCCUUCAUCAAUGCCCUUAGGCUCACUGGACAUGAGGAAGAGGAUUCAGCUCCCACUGGGGUGGUGAGGACCACCCAGAAACCAGCCUGUUACUUCUCCUCCAUUUUUCCCAAUGUGGACCUGUGGGACCUGCCUGGCACAGGGGUCACAGCUCAGAGCAUGGAGAACUACCUGGAGGAGAUGGAGUUUGACAAAUAUGACCUUAUCAUUAUCAUCGCUUCUGAGCAGUUCAGUUCAAACCAUGUGAAGCUGGCCAAAGCCAUGCAGAGGAUGAGAAAGAGUUUCUAUGUUGUCUGGACAAAGCUGGACAGGGACCUCAGUACAAGUGCCCACUCAGAACCCCAGUUACUGCGGAGUAUCCAGGAGAGUAUUCAGGAGAACCUCCAGAAGGAGGGGGUGAAGGUGCCCCCCAUAUUCCUGGUAUCUAGCGUUAAGCCUUCAUCACAUGACUUCCCGAAACUUAGAGACACACUGAAAAAAGACAUCCCCAGCAUCAAACUUGAGGGUCUCUUAGGAACCCUUUUCCAAAUCUGUGAGAACACUAUUAAUGAGAAAGUAGAAUCCUUUAAUCAGAACAUAGAUAAGGAUAAUCUAAAAGGUUUUGGAAUUAAUAAUCCAGGUAAUCAGGGAGAGUGUCAGAAAGUCUUCCAAGAAAUCUUUGGUGUGGAUGAGAGAUCUCUCCACCAGGUGUCUCUGAUUAUGAACCAGCCUGAUGCUUAUUCCAGGGAUGCCAAGCCAUCCCAGAAUACAAAGAGAGACCAACAAGAUGGCUGGACUGUGUCUCAGCUGUGUCGUUCCAGAACCCAAUAUUUCUCUACAGGAGUUAACUCCAUCCGUUGCUGUUUUGACUCUCGCCAUCGUAGAUGCAUUCAACUGAAACAUGUGCUUAAUGAAGUUGCAAAGAAAACCAAGAAUAUUCUGUGGGAAAUCCUGAAAGAUUCCAUUAUCCCUCCUCAGAAGGGCUAGACAACUGAGGUCCUCUCCCCAGCUCUGUACCCUACAUCUACCUGAAGUUGAGCUUACCUGAGCUUUGGAUUCCAAGUUCCUUGAGGUUAAUGGUCCACCUUUCUUGAUGGGUGUCCCCAUCAGGAAACACCAUAAUGGAUUUUGCUUUGUACCUUUUGUUUAUUUAUUAGCUGAACUAUCUGGGAUCCCAAUAUAGGAGAAAUUUCCUUAUUUUGACUGUACAGAAUCUCACGUUUGACACACAGUUAUCUUUGCACCUAUGAUAGAUAUUGUUUCUCUAAGAGGCCUCUUGGUUUUCCCAUCUCUCUUUCCUCUCUCUUCUUCUUCCCUAUCUUGGGAAGCAGUGCAUCCCUUCGGGAAUGAGGAAGAGCUUGCUUUUGUCCAAGGUCUGAAAGCAUGGCUGAUAGAGGCCUGGUCUCUGACCUCUCCUCCGAUGUGUAAAGAGAGGGGAAUGAACUCUGCACCACUGGAAAUGGGAUUCACCAAGUUCUGAACAGAAGAAUUCUAAGUACCCAACACUGUCCUCAAUGGCGUCAAUGGUGUCAAGUCUAGUCAUUGCCCUUCACACUCUGUGCAUUCACAGUCCCCUAUUGGAUCUAAACUUCUUCAGCCACCCCUAACUCUACAGGCCAGACACUCGGACCCUCCUCUCUUCCGCAUGGAGCUUUCCCAUUUCCCUCAGUUUGUGUGUGUGUGUGUGUGUGUGUGUGUGUGUGUGUGUGUGUGUGUGUGUGUGUGUUUAUCUAAGACAGACGCUGCCCGGCAUUCUGUCACCUCUCUUUCCGUCAGGCCAUCCUUUAACUGUCUCAGCCCUCUGCCCUCCACUUCUUUCUGGACACUAACUACUCCCCCACUUCCCACCAUUACAGUGUCACAUCCCACCCCCCAGCUUUCAUGUCACUUGUUCCAGGAAGGGUUUAUGUUUGCCUCGUAGUUUGACAGUACAGCCCAUCGUCGCUGAAAGUCAUCACAACAGGAGCACAGGGCAGCUGGUCACAUUGUGUCCACAGUCAGGAAGCAGAGAGAGAAAGAGGGAUACCGUUCCUUGGCACACUCUUCUUUUCUUUCAGCCCAAGACCCCAGCCAAUAGAACGAUUCCAUCCACGUUCAGAGUGGAUUUUACAACCGCAUUGAACCUAGUCGAGAAACUCCCUCAUAAGUGUGCCCAAAGGUCUGUUUGCAUUCUAGAUCCUGCCAAAUUGACAUUCAAUAUUAACCAUGUAGGUACUGUCUUAGAAGAGGGGUCCAUUGGAGUUUUAUUGAUUAAUAGUGUGAAGAAGAUUGGGUGUGGCUCACUGUGGGGUGUUUACCCACCAACCCCACAGCUCCUCAGAGUUUUCUCAUGUGCGAGCAGCAGGAAAUAUUGGAUAAAAGGAUUUAGAUUGUGGAGAUAAACAGAUAGAAAAGAAAGUAUAGUCUUGAGAAGGCCUGGAACCUAUUCCACAGGCUGUGAAAGUUUCUGCCCCACGGUAUUUAUAGAGCUGCCAAGAGGUGGAGCAAAAGACCUCCCCGCAGCACAGCCAAGUGCAGACCAUCUCGGACACCUGCACUCAGACCUGUGGUCCUAAUCAUCCUGUCUAUGCAGAUCUGCUGAGUAAAGCCUCGAGGAACCUGAAAACGGGUUCCCACAGUUCACUAGUAAAUAGCUUGCCUAGCACACAGGAGGCUAUGGUUUUGAUACACAGAAAGAAAGAAACAAAACCUGUUUUGAGACAGGAAGACAAUGCCAAUUGUAUUUGUUGAGAAAAAUUCAUCAACUGUAUUAUCUUGCUGGCACAAGAACUUUGUCAAAAAGCAUCAUGUAAAUGUAAAAGGUAGGUCUACUUUAUAUGCUGGGUAAGGAUGGGAUGGACUAAGACCUGUCAGUGGUGGUGGGAUUGGGGUUGAGGGGAAUAAAGCUCUGGCUAGCCUCACAUUCCACCUGCUCAAAUCUGGUAGUGUAAAUCGAUAGACUCCCAGGAAAGGUCUGCAAAGAAGUCACAGAAGUUUUGUUUGUCAUCCUCAUGAUGGUCAGAAAUAAUUUCUCACACUGAGUUUAUAGCGUGGAUUUCGCUGCAGUAUGCUCACUGUUAAAGUGAGUGGGCUUGCUCUUUGAAAGUUGUGGGUGUUACUGCUGAGGUUGUGUGUGUUUGUCAUGGGGAAUCUAACCUGGCCCCAGCACUGAGGAAACUGACAUGCUGACUGUGAUUUCACUCUUAGCCCGCUGCAAAAGCAGGGUGUAAAUUCUCUCUAUGUCUUAGAACAUAAAUGUAGAUUUUCUUUUUGCUAGUUGUAUAUACAUACAUAUUUAUGUACAGAUACAGAAAUAUAUGUACUCAUUAUAUAUUCAUCACACACAUGUAUGAUGUAUGGCAUGUAACAUGCAUGGUGUUAAUCCCUAUCAUAAAUAACU